CAGAGUUCCAGACUCAUGAGAUUUGAAAAAGGACGCAUCUACACGUUCAUUGGAGAAGUCGUCGUUUCUGUGAACCCUUACAAGUCGUUGAACAUCUACGGGAGGGACACGGUGGAGCAGUAUAAAGGACGUGAGCUGUAUGAGAGACCUCCUCAUCUCUUUGCUAUUGCUGAUGCUGCUUACAAGGCUAUGAAGAGGCGAUCAAAAGACACUUGCAUUGUGAUAUCAGGGGAAAGUGGAGCUGGUAAAACUGAAGCCAGUAAGUACAUUAUGCAGUACAUCGCGGCCAUCACCAACCCCAGUCAGAGAGCGGAGGUUGAAAGAGUGAAGAACAUGUUGCUCAAGUCCAACUGUGUCUUGGAAGCUUUUGGAAAUGCCAAAACCAACCGCAAUGACAACUCAAGCAGGUUUGGGAAAUACAUGGAUAUCAACUUUGAUUUCAAGGGGGACCCUAUUGGUGGACAUAUCAAUAACUACUUAUUGGAGAAGUCUCGAGUGAUUGUGCAACAGCCAGGAGAAAGAAGCUUUCAUUCUUUCUAUCAGCUACUCCAAGGAGGUUCAGAGCAGAUACUACGCUCUCUCCAUCUCCAGAAAUCCCUUUCAUCCUACAACUAUAUCCAUGUAGGAGCUCAAUUAAAGUCUACUAUCAAUGAUGCUGCUGAAUUCAAAGUAGUAGCUGAUGCCAUGAAAGUAAUUGGCUUCAAACCUGAGGAGAUUCAAACAGUGUAUAAAAUUUUGGCUACUAUUCUUCACUUGGGAAAUUUAAAAUUUGUAGUGGAUGGUGACACGCCUCUUAUUGAAAACGGCAAGGUAGUGUCUAUCAUAGCAGAAUUGCUGUCUACCAAGACGGACAUGGUUGAGAAAGCCCUUCUUUACCGGACUGUGGCCACGGGUCGAGACAUCAUUGACAAGCAGCACACGGAACAGGAAGCUAGCUACGGCAGGGACGCCUUUGCUAAGGCAAUAUAUGAACGCCUUUUUUGUUGGAUUGUUACUCGCAUCAAUGAUAUUAUUGAGGUCAAGAACUAUGACACCACAAUCCAUGGGAAGAACACUGUUAUUGGUGUCUUGGAUAUCUAUGGCUUUGAAAUUUUUGACAACAACAGCUUUGAGCAAUUCUGCAUCAAUUACUGCAACGAGAAGUUGCAGCAGCUCUUUAUUCAGCUGGUUCUGAAGCAAGAACAAGAGGAAUACCAGCGGGAAGGGAUCCCCUGGAAGCACAUUGAUUACUUCAACAAUCAGAUCAUUGUGGACCUUGUGGAGCAGCAGCACAAAGGGAUCAUUGCAAUCCUCGAUGACGCCUGCAUGAAUGUAGGCAAAGUCACCGAUGAAAUGUUCCUCGAAGCACUUAACAGUAAACUGGGCAAACACGGUCAUUUUUCCAGCCGAAAGCUCUGUGCCUCAGACAAAAUCCUGGAGUUUGAUCGAGAUUUUCGAAUCCGACAUUACGCAGGUGAUGUAGUCUAUUCUGUCAUUGGUUUUAUUGACAAAAAUAAAGACACUUUAUUUCAAGAUUUCAAGCGCCUCAUGUAUAACAGUUCAAAUCCUGUGCUGAAGAACAUGUGGCCCGAAGGCAAACUGAGCAUUACAGAGGUGACCAAGCGCCCUCUGACUGCCGCCACCUUGUUCAAGAAUUCUAUGAUUGCUCUGGUGGACAACCUUGCGUCAAAGGAACCAUACUACGUACGUUGCAUCAAACCCAAUGACAAGAAAUCCCCACAGAUCUUCGAUGAUGAACGCUGCCGGCAUCAAGUAGAGUAUCUUGGACUCCUGGAAAAUGUGAGGGUGCGUCGUGCAGGCUUUGCCUUCCGCCAGACGUACGAGAAGUUUCUUCACAGGUACAAGAUGAUCUCUGAAUUCACCUGGCCCAACCAUGACCUCCCUUCAGACAAAGAGGCUGUCAAGAAACUGAUUGAACGUUGUGGUUUUCAGGAUGAUGUAGCUUAUGGGAAGACAAAAAUUUUCAUUCGGACACCCCGAACAUUGUUUACCUUGGAAGAACUCCGUGCCCAGAUGCUCGUAAGGAUUGUCCUCUUUCUGCAAAAGGUGUGGCGGGGCACCCUGGCCCGCAUGCGGUACAAGAGGACCAAGGCAGCCCUGACAAUUAUCAGAUACUACCGGCGCUACAAGGUGAAGUCGUACGUCCAUGAGGUGGCCAGGCGCUUCCACGGCGUCAAGACCAUGAGGGACUACGGGAAACAUGUGAAGUGGCCAACUCCGCCUAAGGUUCUUCGCCGUUUCGAGGAGGCCCUGCAGGCGAUUUUUAACAGAUGGAGAGCAUCCCAGCUCAUCAAGAGCAUACCUGCUUCAGACCUGCCCCAGGUCAGGGCAAAGGUUGCGGCCAUGGAAAUGCUGAAAGGUCAAAGGGCUGACCUUGGCCUCCAGAGGGCCUGGGAGGGCAACUAUCUUGCUUCGAAGCCAGAUACACCUCAGACCUCAGGCACUUUUGUCCCUGUUGCUAACGAACUGAAACGGAAGGACAAAUACAUGAACGUCCUCUUUUCCUGUCAUGUCCGUAAGGUGAAUCGAUUUAGUAAGGUGGAAGACCGAGCAAUUUUUGUCACUGAUCGUCACCUGUAUAAAAUGGACCCCACUAAGCAGUACAAGGUGAUGAAGACGAUCCCCCUGUACAAUUUGACUGGUCUGAGUGUCUCCAAUGGAAAGGACCAACUUGUAGUGUUCCAUACAAAAGACAACAAGGACCUCAUUGUCUGCCUCUUCAGCAGACAGCCGACCCACGAGAGUCGAAUCGGAGAACUUGUUGGAGUCCUAGUGAAUCAUUUCAAGAGUGAGAAGCGCCACCUUCAAGUCAACGUCACCAACCCCGUGCAGUGCAGCCUGCACGGGAAGAAGUGCACCGUCUCCGUGGAGACUCGGCUCAACCAGCCAGAGCCCGACUUCACCAAGAGCCGCUCGGGCUUCACCCUCAGCGUGCCCGGGAACUGAGCGCGCCCAGAGGCCUCGCCAGGGAGCGGGGGCUGCGGGGCCUGGAGCGCCGUGGGCCUGGGGCGGCCACCUGCCACCCAGCAUCCCAGGUGCCCGUCUCCUUGCCGAAGCCCUGCUACUGCCCGCUAGAAACGAGCGCGCAAGGCCCGAGCUUGGGAGGAGCCUCUCCUGCCCUCUCUAAGGCCCCUCCCCUGAAGUUUCCUUCCUCGCUUUCUGCCUUUGAUCUACAUCUUCCUCUGUCCCGACUUUCCACGGUCCCCAUUCAACAAAGACCCCAGUGCCCUGCCCCAGACCCUGGGCUGACAUCCAGACCAUCUCACCUCAGAGGCAACUGGAUGGUGCCUCAGUCAGUGAGGGCCUCCCUCCACUGGCCAGGGCAAGUCAAGUGCCUUGACCCGGUGACCAGACGCUGACCCUGCGAGGGGGCGGGGGAAGCCCAGGACAGUUUCCCCCAACCAAAGACGGGCUCCCCCGGGGGGGUUGUGGCACAUGUGGUGGAGAUGAGCUGGGGAUGUAGCUCUUCUGUCUCUGAGAGCCCAGCCUGCCACCCCCUCCCCCAGGGUGACUGUAGUGCUCCUUGGUCCCAGCAGCUGGCCAAAGCCACCAAGCAAGCAGGUUCCCCUGUGGGGCCAGCCCCUCAGCCCAGGCACCAGUGGCCGGCAGAGUGGCCCCGCCCAGUUGGCCGUCCAUCCCGCCCGGAGCCUGCCCCGGGCCUCCUGUCUGCCCUCCAGGAGAGAGCGGGCGGGACACUCCAGGGCUCAUCUGACGUCCCCCGCCACCCAUGACUUUGUCGUUUGCAGGGUUGCUAAUCCUAUAUCGUGGCUGCUGUGCCCACACUCGUGUCAGGAACACUAAUAAGGAAAUGGAGUCACAUGGCCGAGGGGAGCCCUCAGGGGGCCAGACGUCUCCCCUUCUCACACCUCUGUCUCCUGCUCAUCUGGAGAACCAGGACUGGGGCGGGAGGGUGGGAGCACACAGCAACUCUGGGAAGGGGUCGAGCGACAACCGAGCGUGGGGUCCUGGCACUGCAGGCCAGGCCAGGAUGCCCACCCCUGCCCUGCACAGCCCCCCCACAGCUGGGGCCCCAGCCACCGGGCACCCAGACCUCCUGCCCAGAGAAGCCACCAUCUUGCCCGUCUCCGCCCAGCAGAAAGCCCACGUGCUUCAGAUGCCUUCCUGAGCCCACCUUCCCCGGCCUCCGCUCAGGAGGGCACCACAAACUCCGGGAGCCCGGGCCUCCCAGCCCAGGAGCCUUAAAGGGAGGAGAGACUCUGGGCACCCCGUGUGGGGAGGGGCCCAGGGUGAGCCCGCGCCUCAGGAGGAGCUGACCUCGUCCUCACUUUCUGCCCCAGACACUGCCCCUCCGCCCGCCCGCCUCCUCCCCCCAGGCUCCUGUCCUGCCACCCUGACCCCGCAAAAUACACCAUGUGCCCAAGUGCAGCCUCCUGUGCCUUGCCUGGUGUCUGACAUGGUCCCCCGGCUCUCCCCCGGGUGGUCCCGGCAGCCUGGUCCCACCUGCACCCCCCUCCCCUGCUUCCUAGAGCUCGCAAACAUUUGCACUGUGUGCAGCCUGCAACCAGGAAUCCUACUGGCACCCUGUCCUUGGAAACCCAUUCGCAUUCUCCAAGCCUGGUCAGCUGCCUGCGCAGCUCAGAGGUGCCACCAGCCCAGUUAGCAGUGCUCAGAGAUUUGCCCAUCACCUUGACACUGGCUGAACCAUCUUAACUGGAACAUCGCCUCUCCCUUCCACUUAUUAUUUCCCCAAACUUGUUGCCUUACACUAGAUACAUGCAAAUGUACGUUUUAAACACACCAAAAUGGAACAUGCCAAAUGAGUGCCUUUCCGAGGCUGGCAGGGGCUGGGAGCAGGAGUCUGCCCUCCCUCCUCGUGUUGCCUGCGGCCCCUCAGCCCAGGGCCAGGCCUCCCGGCUGAGGGCCAGGGGACACUGGCUGUCCACAGCACUUUUUCAUGAUGUCCUGAAAGAAGUCACAGUGUGUGGAACUGAAGGAGGAUCAGGAAUUUAGGGUGUAAUCACGGUAAUGCUUCCGGGGUGCCAAGGGGAAAGAAAGCAGGAGGACACAGUGAUCGGAUGCAAUGAAGUGUUUCUCUUGAUUUAAUUAAAUGCAGUUUUAUGGUUUGGUGCGUAUAUUCCUAUUUUCCAUUAAAUUAACUUUAUUUCUAAAGCAUAUUUUGAUUUACCAUCAAGAGCAAUAAAGCAUUAAAUCUUA